GAUCUUUAAUCGGCCACACAAAAUCACACAGUUAUCUGAGCCCAGAUGCAGGUGAUCCGUCGUGGUGUGCGCGUCGCGGUGCGUCUCCGCAGACCUCCGCACCUCACGUCGUCGGCCUCCUCCUCAUUGCAUCACUUUUCGUCUUCCUCCGAUGCGAAACCUUCCGUCCUCGACGGUCCUGAUGGAGUGCUGCAAUUCGCUAAUCGUGCCAUGGAACGAGUGACUCAGAUGGAACGAUACCGUGAGCACAGCGUCUUCCCUCCGUCCAAUUGGAUGCUACACAACUACCUCCUCUUCACUAAACUGCAGCUGCCCACCAACACCGAGAUCGACGCCGUUGAUUUUUUAAAUGGCGCUCGCUUCGCCUGCGACUUGGCUGUGAAUACCAUGUACUCUACAGAGUUCGUUAACUUCGCCACGGGCGCCAUCUCCGAGUCCCCAGCGGCUGAGAAGAUGAAAUCCGGACUGUCCGAGACCUGCUACGACGCCUUCCUCUUCGCUAUGAAGCAGACGAGUAAGACUGGCAACCGGUUCACACUCAAACAGCUGGACAUUAAUGGGGUUUACCUGUACGACGUCCACUGGGACCGGAUGUCGCUGGCCGAGCUGAAGCAGGAGGAAGCGCUCGAAGCCUACAACCGAGCGCAGGUGGCUGAGCUAGAGGAGGACAAAGGAGAUAAAGUGGAGGAGAAAGAGAAGGUGGUGGUGAACCCAAUGGAGAAUAUCAGUCCGGAAGACCACACGGUCAUGAUUGAGCGUCUGCGGUUGGAUGUGCAACUGGAUGCGGUGGAGCACUUGGAAGUCGUGACAACGGAAGCCGAGGACCAGGUGUUUGAGAAAAAUUCGUCCGCUGUGUGGCGCUUUGAAUCGCUUGUUACACAGCCGGAUGAUGUCGACUGGCGGAUCGUCAGCGUCCUAUAGAUGGGAUUCCAAGUAUCUACAGAUUGGGUUUACUUGGGGUAGUUGCUGGUGAAGAUUUUAAGAAAAUGUUUUUCUUAGAAAACUAAAGAAUGUUGUGUGAAUCGUGAAAUGUGGAUCUGUGAACUCACAAAUAUGUGAAAUGUGGUUGCU